AUGUAUGUGAUUGGAGAAAAAGAGAGACGAGAAAGGAGAGAGAGAGAGAGAAAAGAAAAAGAAGAGAAGGAGAGAAAAGAAAGAGAAGAGAGAGAAAGAAAGGAAAGAGAAGAGAAAGAGAGAAAAGAAAAAGAAAAGAGAGAAAGAAAAGAAAGAGAAGAGAAAGAGAAAAGAGAAAGGGAAGAGAAAGAGAGAAAAGAAAGAGAAGAAAGAGAAAGAAAAGAAAGAGAAAAGAAAGAGAGAAAACUAAGAGAAGAAAAAGAGAGAAGAGAAAGAGAAGAGAAAGAGAAAAAGGAAAGAGAAGAGAGAGAAAGAAAGGAAAGAGAAGAGAAAGAGAGAAAAGAAAGAGAAGAGAGAUAUAUAAAAGAAAGAGAAGAAAGAGAAAAAAAAGAAAAAGAAGAGAAAGAGAGAAAGGAAAAAGAAGAGAAAGAGAAAAGAGAAAGAGAAGAGAAAGAAAGUAAAGAAAGAGAAGAGAAAGAGAGUAAAGAAAGAGAAGAGAAAGAGAGAAAAGAAAGAGAGAGACUAGAAAUAAGUGGGAGAGAGAAAAAAGAAAGAGAAGAAAAAGAGAGAAGAGAAAAAGAAGAGAGAGAGAUAAAAGAAAGAGAAGAAAGAGAGAGAAAAGAAAGAAGAGAGAGAGAGAGAAGAGAAAGAGAAGAGAGAGAGAGAAGAGAAAGAGAAGAGAAAGAGAGAAGAAAGAAAGAAGAAAGAGAGAGAGAGAAGAGAUAG